CAAUGUAAAAAUUAUAACAAAACAAAAUAGAAUUAAUAAAUUAUUAACAAAACAAAACAUAAAAAUUAUUAACAAAAUAAAAUAUAAUCGAAAUAAAUAAUAAAAUAAGAAUGAAUCGCGAUGAAAAGCUUGUUUUGCUAUUGUACCUGCGAAGAAAACGACGAUUAAAAAGGCAAGAACAAGUCAUUCGGAGAACAGCUCGAUGGUGGGUUCAUCCUAUGAUAGAGCAACGUUAUCUUCAAGGUAAAUCUACUGUGCCACGGAUAAUUGUAGAAACAACGAAAGCACUUUGGCAGGUACUGCAACCUCAAGUACUUCCUCCGCCAAAUGUGGAAACAUGGUCCAAAAUUGCAGAGGAUUUUGAAAAUAAAUGGAAUUUUCCAAAUUGUGUCGGAGCAAUUGACGGAAAACAUGUUACUAUACAAUGUUUUAAAAAUACAGGAUCAGCUUUUUACAAUUAUAAAGGCACUUUCAGCACAGUCUUAAUGGGAGUUGCUGAUGCUAAUCUUCGCUUUACAUAUGUAAGCAUUGGUUCUGCUGGUAGAGAAAGUGAUGGAGGUAUUUUUCAAAAUCUGGCUUUUGGAAGAUGCAUUGAGACAAAUACACUGCCAUUACCUGUACCUAAAGCCUUACCAGGUAUAAAUAUUUGCCUUCCUGCUGUAUUUGUUGGUGAUGCAGCAUUCCCAUUAUUGAAUAAUUUGUUACGACCAUACCCUGGUGUUAACUUGAGUGCAAAACAAGUUAUUUUCAAUUACCGCUUGAGUAGAGCAAGGCGUGUAGUUGAAACAUUUGGAGUAAUGUCAGCCAGGUAGAGAAUAUUUCGACGACCAAUUGUAGCGUCACCUUCAACUGUAGAUAAUAUAGUUAAAAGUUGUGUGGCACUACACAAUUGGCUUCGAGAUUCAGAUCUGAAAGUUUUACCUAGUCAGAGAAAAUAUAUUCCAGUAGGAUUUAUAGAUGAAGAAGAUCACUUUGGAAAUGUAGAACCUGGUCAAUGGCGAAACGAAGCACCAUCUGGUGCACUUAGAGAUUUAGCACCAAAUAUAAGAAGAAACUCAGCAAAUGACGCCAAGAUAAUACGAAAUACAUACGCAGAUUAUUUUAUGAAGCAAGGUUACGUACCUUGGCAAUGGAAUAAGCUACCAAACUUUCAACGAGAAGCAUACAUGCAACAGGCAGAAGGCUGAUUUUGAGAAUGACUACUCAUUCGAUGACUAGUCUGAGGACGAGACGAGACACUAUCAGGACGAGGAGAAGCACUAUUAGGACGAGAGGAGGCAUAAUGAGGACGAGGGGAAGCGCUAUUAGGACGAGGG